CCUAGUGUCCUAGCCAACGUGUCUCGGGCGGGGAGUCCUGCCGUCAAGGCGGCAGGAUGUUCCCGUCCCGACGCAAGUCGGCUAUGUAUCGUCGAGUAGGCGGCAGGUCCUGCCGGCUGCUGGGCAUCCUACCCCGGAAAUGCUCUCUCUUUCAGCUCUUCUUUGUUGCUCUAUUGCUGGGUUUUCUUUCCCUGUUGUGGCUGCAGCUCAGUUGCUCAGGGGAUGUGGCUAGAAGUCAACGAACUGAGGGUACGGUGCUUCAGAAACCCUGCCCUUUUGAGCCUCUACCUCAGCUUCCUGAUGACCCAUCAUGGGGACCCCACCGCCUGGCAGUGUUGGUGCCUUUCCGAGAGCGCUUUGAGGAGUUGCUGGCUUUUGUGCCCCACAUGCAUCGCUUCCUCAGCAGGAAGAAAAUUCGCCAUCAUAUCUUUAUACUCAACCAGGUGGAUCAUUACAGGUUCAACAGAGCAUCUCUGAUCAAUGUGGGCUUCCUGGAAAGCGGCAAUGACACGGACUACAUUGCCAUGCAUGAUGUCGACUUGCUACCUCUCAACGAGGAAUUGGACUAUGGCUUCCCAGCUGCUGGCCCUUUCCACGUGGCAUCACCUGAGCUACACCCUCUCUAUCACUAUGGCACCUACGUGGGUGGCAUCUUGCUGCUCACCAAACAGCACUAUCGAAUGUGUAAUGGAAUGUCCAACCGCUUCUGGGGCUGGGGCCGGGAGGACGAUGAAUUUUACCGCCGCAUCAGAGGAGCUGGACUUCAACUCUUCCGGCCCUUAGGCAUUAAGAGUGGAUACAAGACAUUCCAACAUCUGCAUGACCCGGCUUGGCGUAAGAGAGACCAGAAGCGCAUUGCUUCCCAGAAGCAGGAGCAGUUCAAGGUGGAUCGUAGCGGAGGCUUAACCAACCUCGAAUACAAAGUGGAGUCACGCACUCCGUUGAGUGUGGCAGGAGCUCCCUGCACAAUCCUCAACAUCUUGCUAGAAUGUGACUCCAGUGAGACUCCCUGGUGUGUGUUUGGGUGAGCUGCCUACCACGUAGACUGCCUAUUGUAUUACUGUUGCAGCUGGUUGCUGCUGGACUCUCUGAAGGCAGGUCCUUCUGCAGGAACCAACAACAGAGCAUAGAUGCCCAUGGCUCAGAUGGUUAAAAAGAGGGCUGAGGAUCCAUACCAGUUGACGGGUAUAUGUCGGGCAUUGCCUCUUCCAUGUGGAUACUGCAAGGUGACAACGAAUGCAGAAGUGCUGGCAAGACUAAAUGGCCUGAGUCCCUGCUCAGACUGCUUGCCAUUCCAAAGGAUGUUGUCUUGGCUACCUACAUCUCAACAAGCUAAAGGACAUCUCAGACUCAGAGGCUGGGCCGUGACUAAAUUGUCCUCUUUCUACCAGCCAGGGCUCCAACAGCCAGGUGGUAAAGGGCAUCUCGGCCUGUAGACUUGUUUGGGAGUUGGCUGAUACUUAAAGGACUUACAGGAUCAGCAUCUGGUUAGUUUGUUGGAAAUUUGCUUCUCUCAUGAUAAAAUAUGCAUAAAUGCCUGCUGUGAAACUCUCGUGCCACCCCACUCACCCACCCCGACUCUUCCUCCGGGGGCCUCCUGUUCAAUGGACACCUUGCCCUCUGGCUGUGAGGGUGUCAUCACCUACCACCUUACCUAAGCCCAUUGUGGUAAGGGAUGUUGUUUUUGGGGUCUCCAGGGCUGUAAAAGUGUUUGGCUCAUUGCAAUAAAGCCAUUAAUGCGAGUGGA